AUGAUCCAACAGUCAACGAAGCAACACGAAAAGGCACGGCGUUGGAACUUCACACAAUCGGCAGGAUUCCGAUUACUUUGGCGGUCGGGUAAAAAACACGAAUUUCGGUAUAAAAGGGAUAGCACUGGAAACUGGAUAGCAGGAGAAUGGGAAGUGUUGCAACAACAGCAACGCAAUCGAAAUGAAUCCAUCGUAACCACUUACCGUGGAAGAAAUUCAGAUUACGGCAAAUAUAUUCGGAAAAUAUUAACAGACUAUGUUAAUUCUCCUAAUGGAUCUGUUUCUUGGCAAAACAAUGCAUCUUUUGUUUAA